AUGACCUUUACAUUCUCCACCUCAUCGAGGAAAAAUGGGAGACCUUCUUUAAAAUCAAUAUCUACAGAAGACAACAUCCAUUUAUUGAGGAAGCGCCGUCAACAACAACUAGAAAGGAAUUCUGUAAAAAGUUCAUACCAUCCAAAUAGUAACCGCACUCCACGGGCAAAUGAUAAUCAAGAAGAUGAUGUACGCAGCGCUUCAACAACUAAUUUGGACCGUUUACGACAGGAACAAGAAGAAAAUUCUCUCGAGAUGGACUGUACGAAAUCAACACUAUCACAUAGAGCAAAUAUGUUAGUGGAUGUCCUGCCAUCUUUUGAAAUGUAUAAUGCUCUUCACAGACACAUACCUCAGGGGAACGUUGAUCCUGACAGACACGACUUCCCGCCUUCUUAUCAAGAAGUUCGUACACAAAGAAUGACCAUACUACCCAGCAAUGACAAUUCUGUGGAAAGGUCACAAUUGACAGCGGUACCAGGAUCUGAAAGCGCGUGCAUCGGUGCCAGUUCCCACUCCCUCACUAAUCUGCACCCUUUGCAGACGCAGCAUCUUACUAUAAAUACUACAACAAGUGGCGAACAAUCACGUCAUUCUUUAUCAGACACUAAUGUAAGCCAAAUACCAUUCGAAGAUGACCUGAACGACUCAGAUAAUAUUUUUAUAGACAAGUUAUACACCUUACCCAAAUUGACUACUCCGAUUGAAGUUGAUAUAAGAAUAACAAGAACAGCAUCACAACCCCACGAGCAUCCCGAAGAACAAUCCAUAUUAAAGGAAUACACCUCCGGCGAUAUUAUUCAUGGUUAUUGUUUGAUUGAAAAUCGAUCUUCUCAACCUUUGAAGUUCGAAAUGUUUUACGUUACUUUGGAGGCGUAUAUAUCUGUUAUCGAUCGCCAAAAGGGAAAACGAACUUUAAAAAGAUUUUUGAGAAUGGUCGACUUAAGCGCAUCUUGGUCUUAUACAAAUAUUACCCCAAGUACGGGUAUAAAUAUUGUUCCAGGAGAAAGAGAUUUUGAUGAUGCCAUCAUUGGCCUUUCAAACAGUAGAGAGCUAAAGCCAAACACAAAGUAUAAAAAAUUCUUCAUGUUCAAGCUUCCUACACAAUUAUUGGAUGUGACGUGUAAACAAGAGCAAUUUUCUCACUGCCUUUUACCACCAAGUUUUGGCAUUGACAAAUAUAAAAAUAGCUGUAAAUACUCUGGCAUAAAAGUUAAUAGCGUGCUUGGAUGUGGUCAUUUAGGUACAAAAGGCUCACCUAUUUUGACAUUGGAUAUGGCAGAUGAUAAUUUAUCAAUCAAUUACACCAUUGAUGCCAAAAUUGUGGGAAAGGAUAAAAGAACCUCUAAACUGAAUAUCAUGAAAGAAAAGGAAUAUAACUUAAGAGUUAUGCCAUUUCCUUUUGCCGGCGUUACUAAUCAACAAAAUGAGAAGACAUGCUUGAAACAACUAAAUAAUCUGGAAGGAUUGAUUGAGGAUAGAUUUGAAGCUUUAAACAAGGUUUUCAGAAAAUUGGAAUCAAACGAGGCAAUCUCGAAUAUAGACAUUCAUGACACAGAUAUAAGCGGGACUUUGGACGGCAGUGAAGAUUUAGAUUCUGAUGAAAUAUUAAGGCGUAAGAUGGAUCAAUUACACGUUAACAAUAGGAUUGACGAUGCUGCUCACCAAUCGCCAUCCUACGAUUCCAAAAAUAUGGUCCAAAAGGAAAACUUGGUUGAGACUGAGUUACGCUAUAAAUUCAAGAAUAAAAACAAAUCGAAUUCAAGUUUGUUUUCUCAUUUUUUGAGCUCAUCGGAAAACAGCUCAUCUUCAGUCAGUCCACAUGCAUACAAUUCUGGGUUGAUCGUGUUAUCAGUUAAAAAACCACAAUCUGCGUUACCUUACUGGUCACCGUCAUUAUUAAGGAAAACUAAUAAAUUUGAGGCAAAGAGUCAACAGGAAAAAGAAAACUGGCAGAGGUUAAUGAGUAUGCUUCCAGAGGAAGUAAAAACUCCGCUCACUAAAUUGGAUGUACAUUUGACCUGCAUUCAAUCAAAUAACAGCGCAGAGCAUAAACCACCCGAGAUAAGUUCUGUUACGACAGAAUUUGUGGUUAUUACAGCCAAGUCUGAUAAUUCCAUUCCUAUCAAAUUCAGUACCGAACUAUUAAUGAAUGAGGAAAGAUUAAAAGGAUUGAAGAAAAACUUUUCAGCCUACCAGAGGAAAGUUCAUGAAUAUCGUAAAAAAUUUGAAGAAAACCAUGUGAAGUUAAAUGAACUUUAUAAUAGAAAUAGAGACCAAGACUCUUCAAGAGAAAUGUUAUUCACAAAUUUUAUAUCUGAUCAAAUAAACAAUGAUAUUGACAGUUUAGCUGGGUUAAAAGUCAGUGUUAUUGAUUUACAUGACAUCUUCAAAAAGCAAAUUCAUACUUUUGAACAAGAGACUGAGGAUAUUAUUUCCAAGAAAGGAAGUAGUAACACCGCUUCGAUGCCAUCCAGUAAUAACAAUUUUCUACAGGCAACGUUUAGUAAUGGCGCAUCCACUGCCACUAAAUUCACUCAACAAAUUGUGCAUGAAUGGGAAAUGGUCAAGCCCUUACAGUACAAGAGGGAUGUAAGAGUUAAUUUGAAGCUAAAUUCUAACAUCAAAGAGACUUUGGUACCUAAUUUUGAAACAUGCUUAUGUUGUAGAUUUUAUUGCAUUCGCGUGAGUAUCAAAUUCGAUAACCACUUGGGUUCUAUGAAAGUAGAUAUUCCUGUUGACGUGAAGAAAUUACAAAUUUAG